ACAGGCGCCAGGAGCAGACAGACACAGCAGCAGCAGCCAUGGCAGACGAAAAACCCAAGGAGGGAGUGAAGACAGAGAACAAUGAGCACAUCAACCUGAAGGUGGCAGGGCAGGAUGGCUCAGUGGUGCAGUUCAAGAUUAAAAGGCACACUCCUCUCAGCAAACUGAUGAAGGCUUAUUGUGAACGGCAGGGACUGUCAAUGAGGCAAAUACGAUUUCGAUUUGACGGUCAGCCCAUCAAUGAAACAGAUACACCCUCGCAGCUAGAAAUGGAGGACGAAGAUACAAUUGAUGUGUUCCAACAGCAAACCGGAGGAUCUUAUCUUUAAAGACUGUUUCCUAUGACCAUCCCUACCUCCCCUUCAUUUCCCUGAAACAUCCCUGUUAUGCCCAGUCUUCAAAUGCUCAUGACCAGUGUUGAUACCAGCCAGUGGAAUACAAAAUGCUCAAAGGCGCCAGCACAGUUGGUGUAGUUGGAUUUUAUCACACUGUCAUUCGUACGUAAACAUGUCAUAACUACACAGUGUAGACAAUUUGUAAGCUGCAAUGAGUCUAAUGUGCCGAAGAAAUUUAAAUUCUUUUCAUGAUUUUUUUUUUUUUUCUUCUUUUGGAAGUUAUGGGAAAAAUACUUGGUCCUUGUUUUAGUUUUUAUACUUAUGUCAUUGAGUUUUUGAUUCAGAUGGAAUUUUGUCAUUGUCAAUUAAGCCUGCAUUUAAAAUUCACUGACAUCUGUUGUUGUUAUGAAAAUGUAUUAUUGGAAUAAAUUGAGUCUU